AAGGGAGAAUAGUAGGGAAGAGCAAGAAGUGAGAAAGAGAAGGAAGGUCACAAUAAGAGUCCAAAGAUUUCAGAGAACAUCUGAAGAAGGAAAGAAAAGUUUAGGAAGAUCAAAGAGACUGGCGGGAAAAGGAAAGAAUAGUCAAGGGCUUCAGGGCUAUGGUUUCUAGAGUUUAGGGAAGGUGUGAGGCCUUCAAGUUUACAUUGAUGAUUCCAGGCUACAGGAUUGAAAGUGCAGGAUUUUUAGUUUAGUUUGGAGGAAUGUUCCGGAUCUACUGAAAAGAUGAGGAACAUGUGGAUACUAGGAGCUGUGCUAUAUUUCCUGGCAGUGACCGAAACAUGGAGUCUUGUGGAAGGAAACAACCCCAAUAGCGCUAACUAUCGCUCCACCCCUUCCUCCACCUCCAACUUGCAAGGAGAGUCCAAACUCCAUGUCCACAGAAGUGAGAAUUUCCGAGUAGGGAGUAAUGUCACUUUGCAGUGCAGCAACAAGACAUGGAGUGAAAUGAUCUACACUAUCUGGAAGAUACCCACCCAUGAAAAAAUAUCAUCCCAGUGUCAAAUAUCAUCUACUGAAGAUGGCCAAAACAUGAACACCUGCAACGAUGGCAAAACCCUGUGCAAUACAACCAAUGGAGAGUCCUAUCUGCACAUCCCAGAGUUCUCUGAGAGAGAUAAAGGCUCCUACUUUUGUGAAACAGUUCAUAAAGGAGGGAGCUACGCUGCAAAGAUUGAAGUGUUGGUAAUAGCUCCUCCAAUCGUUUCUGCCUGGAUAGAGAAAGAGGGCAGCAGGUAUACGGCUGUGUGUGAGGCUGACAGAGGCAAGCCUGCUGCUUCCAUCUCCUGGAGGACCACAUGGAACUCCUCCUCAGCUGUGAUCACAACUAAGCCCACUUCGGAUGGCUUCCAUUCUGUGAGCAGUCGCUUGGUAAUAGCCGAGGGUGUUGCCAGGACAAACCUUAGCUGUGUUGUCAGUCAUCCUUCCUGGACAGAUGAGCAGACACAUGAUCCGAAUAUCGCAACAAAAGAUUAUUUUUCUGACUCCCAAAAAUCUCAGAUCAUCGUCAUCUCUGUGGUAACCGUCAGUAUAGUCAUGGCAGUUUUUGGCGGUAUAUACUUCACUCUGAGGAACCUUCACACAAUCAGGAAUUGCUUUGUGUCCAACACCACACCGGAGGAGUCAAAAUGUUCACCGGUUGAUGAAGUGGAAGAAGUUGAGCCAUACGCUAGCUAUGUGCAGCGUGUAAACACCAUCUACAACUCUUCUGACGAUUUCUUUAAAUAAAACACACAUACAUACACACACACACACACACACACACACACACACACACACACACACACACACACACACACACACACACACACACACACACACACACACACACACACACAAGGAACCACACAC